UCAAACAAUCAUAGAAAAAAAAUGAGAGAGUGCAUCUCCAUCCACAUCGGUCAAGCAGGAAUCCAGGUGGGGAACGCCUGUUGGGAGCUUUACUGUCUCGAGCAUGGCAUCCAGCCCGAUGGACAAAUGCCGAGCGACAAAACCGUGGGCGGAGGUGAUGACGCCUUCAACACGUUUUUCAGUGAAACAGGGGCUGGGAAACACGUUCCCCGUGCCGUUUUCUUGGAUUUGGAACCCACUGUGAUCGAUGAAGUGAGAACUGGUACCUACCGCCAAUUGUUCCAUCCUGAGCAACUCAUCAGCGGCAAAGAAGAUGCAGCCAACAACUUCGCCAGGGGCCAUUACACAAUUGGGAAAGAGAUUGUCGAUCUCUGCUUGGAUCGUAUCAGGAAGCUGGCAGACAACUGCACAGGCCUCCAAGGUUUCCUGGUUUUCCACGCCGUCGGAGGUGGAACUGGCUCUGGCCUCGGUUCUCUCCUGCUGGAAAGGCUUUCUGUCGACUAUGGAAAGAAAUCAAAGCUUGGCUUCACCGUCUACCCUUCCCCUCAGGUUUCAACCUCUGUGGUUGAGCCCUACAAUAGUGUCUUGUCUACUCAUUCUCUUCUGGAACACACUGAUGUCGCAGUACUCCUAGACAACGAGGCUAUCUAUGACAUCUGUCGUAGAUCGCUAGAUAUCGAGAGGCCAACCUACACCAAUCUCAACAGGCUCGUUUCCCAGGUUAUUUCCUCGCUCACAGCUUCUCUACGUUUUGAUGGGGCUCUGAAUGUGGAUGUCACAGAGUUCCAGACUAACUUGGUGCCAUAUCCGCGUAUCCAUUUCAUGCUUUCUUCUUAUGCUCCUGUGAUAUCAGCAGAGAAGGCGUAUCAUGAACAGCUUUCUGUUGCAGAGAUCACUAACAGUGCAUUUGAGCCAGCUUCCAUGAUGGCCAAGUGUGAUCCACGCCAUGGGAAAUACAUGGCUUGUUGUUUGAUGUACAGAGGUGAUGUGGUACCGAAGGAUGUGAAUGCAGCUGUUGCCACGAUCAAGACUAAGAGGACUAUUCAGUUUGUGGACUGGUGCCCAACUGGAUUCAAGUGUGGAAUCAACUACCAACCCCCUACUGUAGUCCCUGGAGGAGACUUGGCCAAGGUUCAAAGAGCAGUAUGCAUGAUUUCAAACUCUACUAGUGUUGCAGAGGUUUUCUCAAGAAUUGAUCACAAAUUUGACCUGAUGUAUGCCAAGCGUGCUUUUGUACAUUGGUAUGUUGGUGAGGGGAUGGAGGAAGGAGAGUUCUCUGAAGCUCGGGAGGAUUUGGCUGCUCUUGAGAAAGACUAUGAGGAGGUUGGUGCAGAGUCCGCGGAAGGGGAUGAAGAUGAAGGAGAUGAAUAUUAGAUGCUAUAGAGGAUUUGGGUUUGUUUUAAUCAAGAACACCAAUACACUCAUUGGUUCUGCAAUGGGG